CCCCAGAGCACCCCUUCCUACGUGGGCUUGGGGCAGGCAGGCAGAUUGCAGCCUGUGGGCAGUGGGAUGCAGGGGCUCCCUGGGAGCACGGUGGGGCAGCAUGUGUGUGUGCAGCCUGCAUUGCAUUAGAAGGGCCCCUGCAUUGGUGGGGCUGGGCAUCCUCCCAGGUGAGGCUUUUGGCUGUGACAGGUGAAGAAAGGGACUUUUGUCUUCCAAGAGACUGGGGCUGAGCAGGCAGCCCUGUGCAGGGUGCACGAGGACCGUGGGCUGUUUGGUGGUAACCGAGCCCGACCCCUUGGCAUUUGCUGCCUUCACCGCUUCCCACGGCGGGAACAAGCAGCGCGUUCUGCAGGCGGCGGCAGGAGAAGAAAGGCCGCCUUGUCCGUCCUAGCAGUGGGGCGCCGGCUGGGGCGGCCGCGCUCCCGCCCCGCAUUCCUACAGCAGAGCCGGCUGGAGAGGGGCUGCAUGCCCGGCAGGACGGGCUGGGGUGACGGCAGGCGUUCCGUGUGUGUUGAUAAGACAGCAGCCUGGCCCCUCCUGGCUUUUCCUCCUUCCUGAACAUUGUGACGGGACGGGAUGUAGGUGUAAGUGAGGUGCGGGGGGCUCCGCUGGGCUGCAAGGUCUCCAGAUGCUGGGAAGUGCAGCACCCCAGUGCCUGAGGAACAUGGGCACCCGGCCGCGGAGGGUCCCGCUCGGCACCAGGACCAGGUGGCAGCCCGUGUCCAAUACCAUCCAACGUCUCCAAGAAGGCACCAUGGAGGCAUCGGGCAGGACCCCCCACAGCCCAACCCAUAGAAUCCAGACUGUCAUCCAGAACAGCCCCCUGGACCUGAUCGACACGGGCAAGGGGCUGAAAGUGCAGACAGAGAAGCCACAUUUGGUGAGCCUGGGCAGCGGUCGGCUCAGCACUGCCAUCACACUUCUGCCCCUGGAGGAAGGGAGGACCACCAUUGGCACGGCUGCAACAGACAUCGUCCUGCAGGGUCCCGGGCUGGCACCCCAGCACUGCUACAUCGAGAACGUGCGAGGGACACUCACCCUGCACCCCUGUGGCAACGCCUGUGCCAUCGACGGCGUGCCACUGCAGCGGCCCACGCACCUCACCCAAGGGUGUACCAUCUGCCUGGGUCAGGCCACCUUCCUCCGCUUCAACCACCCUGCUGAGGCCAAGUGGAUUAAGAGCAUGAUCCCAGCGGGGGGCAGAAGCCAGUCGGCUCUCUAUGGGCUACCAGCAAAAUCUGAGGCCCUGGUAAAUGGUGGCCACCAGCUGUCAGAGCGUGGGUGUCACAGCCACAGCUCCCUUGUCAGCUCCAUUGAGAAGGACCUGCAGGACAUCAUGGACUCGCUGGUGCUGGAGGAGUCGGCAUCCCCCAGCAUCCAGAAGCCACCUGCCUACGGCCGAUCCCCCCUCUCCCCUGUGGUGAAUGGGGGUGGGCACUGCCUCCUGUCCCCUCCACCCAGCCCUGCGGCCGCCUCAGGGGGCUCCAGCUAUGAGAACUUCUCUCCCCUCUCCUCUCCAGCCAGCAGCAGUAGCUACACCAGCCCCUCACUCAGCAGUCAAGAGCAGGGCCCAGCCAUGCCACCCCCGCUCCCACUUCGCUCCUCCAGCUACAACCACACUGUCCAGCCACCCGCUCUGCCUGGUGGGGGUUCUAGUGAGCUUUGGUCAGCUGAGAGGCUGGGAGACCACCGGGUGGGCAGCCCCCGUCUGAUGCCUAGGGUGGCACUGCAGCCACGGGUGGCCCUGCAGGAGCGGCCCCCGAGUCCCUUCCGGGAGCCAUGGGACUCUCUAGCGCCCAGCCGGCAGCCCACCAGCAGGGCAGUCCCAGAGGCCCGGUUGCAGCCCCCUGAGAGCCCACACGUGGCCCGGAGGAACACUGAGAGCAUGCGGGAGCUGCCUCCCCUGAGUCCCUCUUUGUCACGCCGGGCUGCCAGCCCCCGGGUGGCCCCUGACACCCCCUCCCGACAGCCCCGGCUGGGCAGGGAAGUGCCUGGCAGUCCCCGUGCCAGGCGCAAGGGCCCAGAGGAGUCAAAAGGUGCUGGGGGUCCCUCACCCCCACUGCUGGCAGAGAACCCCACACGCCGUCCCAGUUUUAGUACUUGCCUGAGCCCAACAUAUGGGCUGGGCUCCCCAGCUGUGCCCUCACCCCGCCAGAGCCCCCACACCCCCAGGAAGCCUUUGGGGGACCCACGGCUGCCAGUAGGGUCACGGGAGCGCAAGAACAGCAUCACUGAGAUCAGUGACAAUGAGGACGAAUUGCUGGAGUAUCAUCGGCGGCAGCGGCAGGAGCGGGUUCGGGAGCAGGAGAUGGAGCGCCUGGAGCGGCAGCGCCUGGAGACCAUCCUGAACCUCUGUGCUGAGUACACCAAGACAGAUGGUACUGAGCCAAGUGACGUGCACAGGCUCCUGGCUGGUGACACAGAUGCUGGCCAGUGGGUGCCCAGGGGUGCCAUGGCUCUGGGCCAUGCUAUUGAAGAGCUGCAGCAGAGGGAGAGCCUGGAGAGGUCGGAUGAGGAAAACCUGAAGGAGGAGUGCAGCAGCACCGAGAGUACCCACCACGAGCAUGAGAAGCUGACAGGUCCCCGAGCCAAAGAGGCGCAGCGGCUGGAGGAGGAACGUGCUAGUGUCCUUGGACACCUGGACCAGCUGAAGGGCCGUGUCAAGGAGCUGGAGCAGCAGCUGCAGGAGACAUCACGAGAGGCAGAGAUGGAGCGGGCGCUGCUGCAGGGUGAGCGGGAAUCAGAGGUGGUGCGGCUGCGGCAGGAGCAGGAAGCAGUGCAGCAGCUGCAGGAGAAGCUCUCCAGCCUGGACGCCAGCAUCCGCAAGGAGCGGGACAAGGAAAGGGCAAAGGUUGAUGCUGAAAGGAAGGAGCUAGAGCAACUCCGGGUGCUUUACCAUGAGUCGAAGAGCCACCUUGAUAAGUGCCCUGAGUCAAUGCGGGAGCAAUUGCAGGAGCAGAUGCGAAGGGAGGCAGAGGCACUGGAGACGGAGGCCAAGCUGUUUGAGGACCUGGAGUUCCAGCAGCUGGAGCGAGAGAGCCACCUUGAAGAGGAGCGUGAGGCACGAGGCCAGCAGCUCCUGCAGAGCCGGGCUGAGUGCCACCGUAGCAUUGCCCGCAGGAAGGAACGGGUGGCUGCCCUGGAUGCCCAGGCUGCCCAAAUUCAGCUUCAGAGUGCCCAGGAGACCGAGCGCCUGGCCAGGGAGCGGAGCAGCAUCCUGCAGCUCCUGCAGAAGGAGAAGGAGAAGCUUGUUUCUCUGGAGAGGCGAUACCAGCUUGUCACAGGUGGCAGGAGCUUCCCAAAAAUGUCAUCAGCUCUCCGAGAGGAGACCCUCCACAUCUCAGAACCUUAUGAGCUGUUGGAGGGAACUAAGCCCCUGAGCCCUCUGCCAGCAGCAGCUGCCUCCUUAGCUUCUCCUGCCAUCUACUCCUACCCCAAGGCACAAGAGGAGUACAUGAGGCUGUCUGACGUUUUCAGGUUCUGCAGUAAUGCACGUGGCCCCAACCUGGACACUAAAGCUUCUGCUGCUGCCCCUGCUGCCGCUCAGCGCUCUUUCUUGCUUGCUGUAGCUCCCACAGCCGACGAGGUCUAUCGUGCAAAAACAGAAGGUGGUGCUGGUGUCCUCACCCCUCAGAUGAAGAGUGGGACCCCUUCAUCCUCACAGCUCAACCUCUCCAUGCUGGAGCGCAGCCCCUCACCCAAGGGCCCCCCGAGCCCGGCGGGCAGCCUUUCCCGCAGCCUGGUGGCCACGCUGCAGGACAUCGAGACCAAGCGCCAGCUGGCCCUGCAGCAGAAGGCCAAGCUGCUCCCAGCAGAGCCCUUGCAGCCAGGCAAUCUACCAGGUCGGCAGGUAAUUGAGGAGCAGAAACGGCGGCUCGCAGAGCUUAAGCAGAAAGCAGCUGCUGAGGCGCAGUCCCAGUGGGAAGCCCUGCAUGGGCAGCCCCCUUUCCCCACUGCCUUCCCCCGGCUUGUGCACCACUCCAUCCUCCACCACCACCGUCCCCAUGGUGCCGGGCCCCGGGCUGAGGAGCUGGACCAUGCAUACGACACUCUCAGCCUGGAGAGCUCAGACAGCAUGGAGACCAGCAUCUCCAUCGGCAACAACUCUGCCUGCUCACCUGACAACAUCUCCAGUGCCAGUGGGAUGGAGACAGGGAAGAUUGAGGAGAUGGAGAAGAUGCUGAAGGAGGCACACGAGGAGAAGUCGCGGUUGAUGGAGUCCCGGGAGCGGGAAAUGGAGCUGCGUCAACAGGCACUGGAGGAUGAGCGCUUGCGCCGGGAGCAGCUGGAACGCCGACUGCAGGAUGAGACUGUGCGGAGGCAGAAGCUGGUGGAGAAGGAAGUCAAACUGCGGGAGAAGCACCUCUCACAGGCUCGUCCCCUGACACGGUACCUCCCCAUCCGCAAGGAGGAUUUCAACCUGCGGCUGCACAUCGAGUCCUCAGGCCACAACGUUGAUACCUGCUACCCCAUCAUCCUGACAGAGAAGAUGUGCAAGGGCUACCUGGUUAAGAUGGGCGGGAAGAUUAAGUCUUGGAAGAAGCGCUGGUUUGUCUUUGACCGCAUGAAGCGCACCCUCUCAUACUACGUGGAUAAACAUGAGACAAAACUGAAGGGUGUUAUCUACUUCCAAGCCAUUGAAGAGGUUUACUAUGACCAUCUGCGCAGUGCUGCAAAGAGCCCCAACCCUGCGCUUACUUUCUGUGUCAAGACACAUGACCGACUCUACUACAUGGUGGCACCAUCAGCCGAGGCCAUGCGCAUCUGGAUGGACGUCAUUGUCACUGGGGCAGAGGGCUAUACCCAGUUCAUGAACUGAGGGAGGUGCUGUGCACCCCAGAUCCACCAGCUGGACUUCUGAGCAUCCCAAGCGGCAGGGAGCUCCAGAGGUCGGUGCUACGUCUCAUGCCAAGGGCCAUACACACCAAGGUCAUGGACCUGCAUUGAGCCCAGCUGGGUGAUACUGAGCAUUGCCUGUUCAGGCAAGGGAAUAGGUUUUUUUAUGUGGACUUUUUAAAAACAAACCUUACUGGAACAAUAUCAAAAUGCUGAAAUGUAAAAAGCUGCCAAAGACCUGCUGGGGCCUGAGCUCUGCCUUGGGGAGGUGCUAGUUUUGAGGCUGAUGCUGAUAGUUGCUGCCAUAGUGUCCCAGGGAAGGAGACAGUGAGGCCCUGCUGUGCCGCCACCUGGGCAGGACGUCCCACUGUGGUAGACACAGACCCCUCUUUGUAAACCUUUUGUAAUUUCGGAUCGUGAUCUGCCCUGUGCCGGGGUCAGAUGGGAAUUGCGUUGCGGACUGCCCAGUCAUAAAGCAUCUCGUGAACCAG